AUGCCAUCUGCAGGUGUAGAACCACCUGCAAAGAGGCGAAAAUGGCAGAAAGACGCCAACAUGGUUACCAUUGGAGGCAAGGCCUUCUCGCUGGAAGGGUAUUUGGAUCCAACGUCAAGGUCCGAACCUACUAAGGCUACCACGCUUCCGGAGACAUUGGCAACGACGGCAGACGACAAGACGAAAUGUUCCGCUCUUUCAGCAGAAAAGAAGUCCGACUCGCGUCCAAGAAAAGACGGUCGAACAGGCGAUCGGACUCGUGCACCAAAAAUCGUUGCGGAGGAUGCUGCCCUGCUCAAGUCACGUCAAGAGCUCCCCAUCUGGCAUCACCGCUCCGAAAUCCAGGCUGCCCUGCGCAAUCCCGACUGCAACGUCCUCGUCCUCGUCGGUGAGACUGGCUCCGGUAAGAGUACACAAGUUCCACAGUUCCUCUACCAAGAGUCGUGGUGCCGGCGUCGAAAGGCCAAGCCAUCCGGGUCUCAGGACGAAGUGGCCGUUGGCGGAACUAUUGCCAUAACGCAGCCGAGACGUGUGGCCGCGACGACGUUAGCUCAGAGGGUGUCGCGGGAGGUCGGUACUCCACUAGGCAAGGGGAAGCCAGAUGGCUUGGUGGGCUACUCAGUCCGCUUUGAUCAUGUCGUUCCUCGUGGAACAAAGAUCAAGUUCCUCACUGAGGGCACUCUGCUUCAAGAGCUUCUCCGGGACCCACAGCUGCGACAGUAUAGUGCCGUAAUUGUGGACGAAAUUCACGAAAGAAGCCUUGACGUCGACCUCCUUGUCGGUUUCUUAAAGCAGAUCCUGACCGACGGUUUUCACGGCCGGGGUGGUAUUCCGCUCAAGGUGGUCAUCAUGAGCGCCACGGCAGAUGUCGACGUUAUUCGAAAGUUCUUUACCAACCCUCCCGGCUCGGACAACAUGUCUGAACGCCUGCAAGUCGUUCGGAUCAAGGGGCGUCAGUACCCUGUGGAAAUCAUGCAUGAGCCACGGCCAGUUCCCGACAUCCAAGAUGCACUCAUGAAACGGAUCCUCAAGAUUCAUCUCGAAGAACCUCUUCCCGGUGAUAUUCUAGCUUUUUUCACAGGCCAGGAAGAGAUCGAGUCUGCGCAAAAGUUGAUCGAGGAACACGCCCAAUCGUUGGCCUCCAACGUGCCCAAAAUCAAGGUCUGCCCCUUGUACGGCCAAUUGUCGAUGGAAGGGCAGCGUGAUGCAUUCAUGCCGGCCGGGGCUCCCUUCACGCGGAAGAUUGUCCUCGCCACAAACAUUGCCGAAACGUCGGUGACGGUCCCCGGCGUUCGAUAUGUCGUCGACUGCGGCAAAGCCAAGGUGAAGAAGUACCGGCCGCGACUGGGCAUGGAAUCACUGUUAGCCACCGUCAUCUCGAAGUCAUCAGCCUUGCAGCGGUCUGGCCGAGCUGGCCGCGAAGGUCCCGGCAAGUGCUUCCGCCUAUACUCCGAGAGCACGUUCGAGUCGUUCCAGGACUCGGAUCUGCCUGAAAUCCUACGAAGCGACGUCCUCAGUGCCGUCCUUACCAUGAAGGCCCGUGGCGUGGGCGACGUUCUAUCCUUCCCUCUCAUGGACACGCCCGACUCGGAUUCCAUCGAGAGGGCCCUCUUGCAACUUCACUACUUGGGUGCGCUUAGCGGCGACGGGGCAAUCACGCUAGCUGGUGAGACGAUGGCAAAAUUGCCCAUCCCUGCGCCGUACGGUGCCGUACUUCUGGCGGCGGCAAGGCCCGAGUUCGACUGUGUUGUCGAGGCAAUCGACAUCAUCUCUUGCAUCACAUCAGGUGAGGACAUAUUCCUCCAGCUUCAAUCGGAAGAGGCCCAGGAAGAGGUCGGGGCGUUGCGGAAAGAGAUACAGAGGCGAGAGGGCGACAUCAUCACGUAUCUCACGAGCAUGCAACGAUACACGGGAGAGAAUGCGGAUAGAAACGAGUGGUGCAAGCGGCUGAGGAUGAACAUGCGCAACAUGAGGCAGGCGCUGAACAUUCGAAGGCAGCUUCGAGGCAUGUGCCUCAAGGAGAAGCUCUUGACAGGGCCACUACCGGCCGACCCGCAACCAUUUACGCCAAUCGAUCCCGUGAGGGCUGAUAUCAUUGUCAAGUGCUUCAUGCGAGGGUUUGGUUUGAAAACGGCGAUGCUGGCUCCAGACGGCAGUUACGUCACAGUCCAAGGCAAGCACGUCGUUGCCAUUCACCCUGCGAGUGUCCUGCACGGGCAAAAAAAGGAGGCCAUCAUGUUCCUCGAGCAUGUGUUCACCAAUAAGAACUACGCGAAGAGGGUGUCUGCCAUUCGCGCCAACUGGAUUGUGGAGGCGCUGGAGUCGAGAUAUUAA